CCCUCUAGUUUUCUGCUAGCAAUAUCACUGUUCAAGGAAAGAGCAGAAGUAAAGAACUUGAUGGGGAACUGUUGGACUAGAAGUCUUCAAUCCUCAGGCGAUCGUUCCAACUCCAAUACUGCUCCUGAUACAAACAAUCAAUCAGGGAGUAUUCUGUUUUCUGCCAGACUCAGUAACUUAAGAUUGAUAAGGAACAGCAAUUCCACAUCUCUUGGGCGCAGCAGCAACUCUGGAGGAAAUAGUAGACUAUUUAGUAGCUCUGGAGGAAAUAGUAGACUAUUUAGUAGUAGUAAUAAUCACUCAACAGGCAAUAACACAAGUACAUCCUUUUGGGAUUCUGAGAAUAGCCAGGCUUCUCGAGUAAGAGAUGAGGAAGAGUUCCCUAAUGGGCAUAUCUUGGAUGCUGCAAACUUAAAAGUUUUUACUUGGGCAGAACUGAAAUCAGCUACUAGAAAUUUCCGUCCUGAAAAUGUGUUAGGAGAGGGUGGGUUUGGUAAAGUAUUCAAGGGUUUGAUAAAGGAGGGAGCAGAAUCAAAAAAAGGUGGGGGUUUGACUAUAGCCAUCAAGAUAUUGAAUUCUCACAGUAGGCAAGGACUUGCAGAAUGGCAGUCAGAGGUGAAUUUCUUAGGAAGGCUUUCUCAUCCCAACCUUGUAAAACUGUUGGGAUUUGGGCAUGAGGAUCGUAAGCUAUUUCUCGUGUAUGAAUUUCAGCCCCGCGGUAGCUUGGACAACCACCUAUUUGGAAGAGGUUCAAAUGUUCGGCCACUUUCAUGGGACAAAAGGCUGAAAGUUAUAAUUGGAGCAGCUAGGGGACUAAAUUUCCUUCACUCGGAGAAAAUUAUAUACAGAGAUUUUAAACCCUCAAAUAUACUACUUGACAAGGUAUACACAGCCAAGUUAUCAGACUUUGGCAUGGCCAGAUCUGGUCCUUCUGAUGAUCACUCUCAUGUAUCAACACAGGUUGUGGGAACAAGCGGUUAUGCCGCCCCGGAGUACGUAGUCACAGGUCAUUUGUAUGUGAAAAGCGAUGUAUAUGGAUUUGGUCUUGUUCUGAUGGAGAUAUUAACAGGUAAGCAGAUAGGCGAGAUAAUGCGCAUUGGUGAGCAAACGUCGUUAUGUGAUUGGCUCAAAUCAAACCUAUUAAAUAGAGCGAAAUCGAGAAGCAACAUGGAUCCAAAGUUGGAAGGCAAGUAUCCACCCAACUUAGCUUCACAAAUAGCUCAACUUGCUCUCAAAUGCAUUCAAACAGAGCACAAAAUUAGGCCAUCAAUGAAGGAAGUUGUUGAAACAUUGGAAAGUAUUGAAGCAGCCAAUGAUAAACCAGCUGAUAACAGAAAAAGGACUAGCAAUUCCAGGGAAGUUCAACAACAUGGCCAACUAGAUGGUAGUUAAUACUACUCCCUCCGUACCACAAUAGUGACUUAUAAUUUGGUACGGAGGGAGUACCUAUUAACACCAUCAUAUUCUUUGGAAAUGAUAGAUAAAUGUUUGCACUCAAAGGAGCUUAUGGUUAAAGGUGCAUCCCAAUAUUUUUGGAAUUUGGGUGAAGCCUGAGGUUAACUGCUAAAUGGUAAACUCAUGAUAAUUAGCUUUGAGCACUUCCCUACAACUGAGGCUAAAUAUAUAUUUGUUCAUAGUCAAAUGUUUGUAAAUUAGUACUAAGUUUAGCUUUCAGAGUUUGAACUCAAAAUCCCCUCUUUAGAACAUCUUCGGUGUCCUUCAACUCAUCGACCAAUGUGCCUAUUUGGGACCGUUACUAGGUUUUGAUAAGCCGGCAAGUGAAGGUCCCUUGUUCAAGUACAGUUAAUUUUUUCAUCAAGUUCUUGGAGCUUGUAAUGUAUCCAUCCAUGAUUGAUUAGUUGUUUUGUGUAAAAGUUGUGCUAUUUAAACAUCAAAAUACAAACAUGUAUGUAACAUCGUAUGUUUAUGUCUAUUUCUCUCGUGUUUUUUAUCUUUACAAUUUACAUGAAUUUCAAAAAAUACAGGCAAAAAUUAAAGGACACUUAUUUGGUGUCAAAAUUUUGAUGUCAAAGUAUCAUUUUUCAAUUUGCAUAUUAUUUGGUUCAAACAACAAUAUGCGCAAUAAGUUUAAUAGAGAUCAAAGUGUUCAAAUUGCUCAGAACUACUUUACGGAAGAAUUUAAGAUAACAAUUUCAGUGUACACACGGCGGUCAUAACAACGCACCUUGAGAGUUGAAGUGCGGUGGCUUAGCAGUGAUGCGGCCACUCAUUUGGUGGCAAUCCAGUGAGAUUUGUGUCGCCAAAACUGAAAUGAAAGAAAGUUAGAAAAAGACUCCGGUGAAAGCUCGUAUCUCAGAUUGCGGCGGUGUCGAUAACUGACUAAAGAUUGAAUCUUGUUACCCGAAUUGUUCAUGCCACAAAU